AUGUGGAGGACGGUUGUGGUGUUGGCGCUGGCGGCGACAGUUAGCGCACUGCUCGACGGUCCGAACGUGUGCACAAGGCAGGAGGCUUACACGACGACAAUACGGGUGUCGGAACAGCAGCCGUAUCAAGAGAAACAUUACACGUGGUGCUUCAGUGUACCACCUCGAUGUUCCAAGUACAAGAUUAAGUUUCGUCAGGUGUUUAAAACACAGACACUGGUAAAGCAUAGGCCGGUGGAAGAAUGCUGCGCGGGAUACGCUCCAGACUCCGAGGGGAAGCAAUGUGUGCCUGUGUGCGUGGAUGCGUGCAUACACGGAAAGUGCGUCGCACCAAACACGUGUGCGUGCGAUCACGGAUACGGGGGCCCGGCCUGUGACAUAUCGUGUCCGAACGGCAAAUGGGGUCGAAAUUGUCAGCACGACUGCCGGUGUUUGAACGGCGGCACUUGCGAGCCGCUGACCGGCGAGUGCGCUUGCACCGUGGGCUGGCGAGGCGACGCGUGCGAGCGGCCGUGUGCGCCGGACACGUUCGGCGACGGCUGCCAGCAGCAGUGCCAGUGCCGCAACGCGGCCGCCUGCGACCCGGCCAACGGGGCCUGCGACUGCGCGCCCGGCUUCACCGGACCGCUGUGCGAAGAAGAAUGUCCCAAUGGCGAGCCUUGCAAGCAGCAAUGUAGGUGUCAAAAUAACGGCAAAUGUAACUUUGUCACAGGAGAGUGUGAAUGCACUCCCGGCUGGACUGGUCAAGUUUGUGCUAAUAAAUGUCCUGCAGGUCGCUGGGGAGAUAAGUGUGAAAAAACUUGUGAAUGUGCUAAUGGAGCUGGCUGUCAUCAUGUCACUGGGCACUGUCAGUGUGAGGCUGGUUUUACGGGAGAGAAGUGUGUGGAGCCAUGUCCGCUGGGCACGUACGGAGUGGGGUGUCAGGGCACAUGCGCGUGCUUGCACGGCGGCGAAUGCUCGGCGCGCAACGGCUCGUGCGCCUGCAGGCCGGGCUGGCGCGGCGAGCGCUGCGAGCUGCGCGCCUGCCCCGACGGCAAGUGGGGCGCGCGCUGCAGCCGCGACUGCGAGUGCAACCCCGCCACCACCGACAUGUGCGACCCGUGGACGGGCGCGUGCGAGUGUGCUGCGGGCUGGGGCGGCGAGACGUGCUCGCGCCAGUGCCCGCUGCUCACGUACGGCAAGGGCUGCCGCUCCACUUGCCGCUGUGAAAACAGCGGCCACUGUUCGCCCGUCAACGGGUCGUGCCUGUGCGCGCCGGGCUACCGCGGGCUGCGCUGCGAGGAGCCGUGCCCGUUCCCGCACUACGGCGACAACUGCGCCGACACCUGCCAGUGCCAGAACAACGCCACCUGCUCGCACGAGACCGGCCACUGCGACUGCCCGCCCGGAUUCGACGGAUUAAAAUGUGAUAGGCCAUGUGAUGGAAAAACUUUCGGAUUGCGAUGUCGACAACCUUGCGAUUGUGAAAAUGAUGCCCCGUGUAAUCCAGUGAAUGGCGAGUGCGUGUGCGGCGCGGGGUACACGGGCACGCGCUGCGAGCGGCGCUGCGCGGCGGGCUACUUCGGCGCUGGCUGCGCGCUGCGCUGUGACUGCUCGCGCAAUGCGCUCGGCUGCCACCACGUUACCGGACAGUGCAUUUGCGAGAGCAGCUGGCGGGGCGUUCGAUGUGAGAGCCAGUGCGCGUCGGGUCUGUACGGUGAGCAGUGCUCGGAGCGGUGUCCGUGCGCGAACAACUCGUCGUGCGACGCGGAGACGGGCCGCUGCCAGUGCGCGGCGGGCUGGAGCGGGCCGCACUGCGACCAGCCCUGCGAGCCCGGCCGCUACGGCGCCGGCUGUGCGCAGCUCUGCCCCGAGUCGGCUGAUGGUAACACAACAUGCGACCCCGUAACUGGCAAAUACACCUGCCCCAACGGUUAUACAGGUGUCACAUGCGAGUAUCCAUGCCCGCUGGGCACUUAUGGGCUAAAUUGCGAACAAAAGUGCAAUUGUAAGAAUGGGGCUGACUGUCAUCAUGUCACUGGCGAGUGCCAGUGCCUGCCGGGCUGGCGCGGCGCGGGGUGCGCGGAGGCGUGCGGCGCGGGCUGGUGGGGCGCGGGCUGCUCGCAGCCGUGCCGCUGCGCGCGCGGCGCCGCCUGCCGCCCCAACGACGGCUACUGCCGCUGCCCGCCCGGCUACACCGGCAGCUACUGCACCCAGUUUUGUCCCGAGGGCUAUUUUGGCGAUCAUUGCAUGGAGCCUUGCAAUUGUUCUUCCGUGGGCAACUGGGUGUGUGAUCCCGUUAAGGGCUGCGUGUGCCACCGCGGUUUUAUCGGAGAACAUUGCGACAUACAUGCUAGUGACGCCAUUCACAUUGAUCAAGUUUCUGGCUCGUCCAGCGGCGGGCUGACGGCGGUGAUGGUGGUGCUGGCGCUGGCGUGCGCGGCGGGCGCCGUGCUGGUGCUGCUGCACUACCGCCGCCGCGUGCGCCACCUCAAGCGCGAGAUCGCGCACGUGCACUACACCGCCGACCCCAACCAGCAGCCCGAGCAACAACACUUCGAUAAUCCAGUGUAUUCGUUCCAAGGCUCGACUCGAGGCGACGACAGCACCACUCUCUUAAACAACGCUACGCAAAUUUUCAACAAUUUAGGCUCGGGUAGUAAAUUGAAUAAUGCAACUAUGGAGAAAUUGAGAAUGACUGCUACGAGCUCUACAGACAGUUACGAUCCGUUCUCGACACUGAAGAACAAGGAUGCGGAUGCAACUAAUCCCAACCUCUACCACUGCAUCGACGAAGACAAAUUGGAUCAUGUAUACGACGAAAUUAAGCACAAGGAAGGAUAUGAAAUGGAAUACGAUCACCUGAAUUACACACCGCCGGCGAAUACAUGGAAGCCUCAUUAUCAAAGAAUGAACAAUGGCUUCACGCCAACAGACUCGCAAAACGGUUUCGCACCCCGAAAUGACACACCGACUCCGCCUAUACCUCCCUUGCCGAAAUUAAAUAUCACUCCAAUACCACCGAAAAGAGAAGAUGAGAUUUUAAACGUUCCAAUACCUCCCAAGAGGGAAGAGGGGGCCUCCGGUGUUAGUGACGACGAAAACGAUACAUCUACUUGA